AUGGGAUCUGUCUGUAUUAAUAGAUCAUCUAAUAAGAAUAAUGAAAAUCUACAAUACCCAAUUAUCAAUAAGCAAAUACAAAAGUCACCUCAUAGACAAUGUGCAUUGAAGAAACCAUCCACUCAUUCUGAAUUACUUGAAGAUGCUUAAGAAUUAACUUAAUUAGAGAGCUAUUUAGAGGAUUUAGAUCUUAAUAAAAGGUUUACUGAAGAAAAAAUAACUAAUGAAUAAAAUACAAUUCAAUAAGAACAAACAAGAAUAAACGAAAUUUAAUAGGAAGUGAGUGAAAAAUUAAAUAUCAUUGUAACUUAAACAAAAUUCUAAGUAGAAUUAUAAGAAUAAACUUCAGUAAAUUUAAGAAUGAAUUAAGGAGGAUCAGAUACUUAAACCAUAAGGAGUAUUUUAAAAGUUAAUUAAUCCAAGUCAUAAAAAUCAGUUAAUAGAAUCUUAUAAAUUAAGACUAAAAAAAAAGUCUCUUUUGAGGCUAAACACAAAAACAAUAAACUGUUUAUGUGA